AAGUUUGGUGUCCCAGUCAAAGUUGAGGACGAAGUUACCCAGGCGGAGCGCAGCUUGGUGCAGGGCGCUGUGAUUUGCAAUGUGCGCUGCGGUGAUUUUUCCCGGCUGAGGAGCUCUCUCUGCCCCCAAAAGCUAAAGUACUAAAUGAUAAAAAAUAAUAAUAAUAAUAAUAAUAAAAGCUCGCAUACAGCUUGCAGUGUUUGUUUCUUCACUGGGGGAGAAGUUUCAGAUUAAUCGAGAGGGGGACAUACUAUACGGCGGGGCCGGACCGUAGCCUGGGAAGACGCUCCACCAAACUUUUAAUCACUUUUCUCCAGGAUCCGGAGCAGGAGGAGCCCCUUCGGAGAAAUUUCUCACAUCUUGGCGUCGCCAUUAAAACUUUUUCUGUGAUUUAAUCCAAUAGCUGGGGACCCUCCGAAGUUUUUUUUCCUUUUGCUUGUUUUUCGCACUUUUCCCCAGAGUGGUUCUAGUUAUUUGUAAGCUUACUUGCGCUCCCUGUGUAAGUAUGGAUCCGAGCCAGCACAACCCUCCGGCGGGCCACCAAAUCGUGCACGUCCGGGGCGACUCCGAGACGGACCUGGAGGCGCUUUUUAACGCCGUGAUGAACCCGAAGAACGCCGUGGUGCCGCAGUCUGUGCCCAUGAGGAUGAGGAAACUCCCCGACUCCUUCUUCAAGCCUCCCGAGCCCAAGUCGCACUCCAGACAGGCAAGUACAGAUGCAGGCACUGCUGGCUCGCUCACUCCCCAGCAUGUCAGGGCUCACUCCUCACCAGCCUCCCUCCAGCUCGGCACAGUCUCUCCCGGCUCAUUGGUGGGCCUGGCUCCACCGGGGGCCUCUCCGCAGCAUCUCCGCCAAUCGUCCUUCGAGAUCCCCGAUGACGUGCCCCUCCCCCCAGGCUGGGAGAUGGCCAAGACCUCCUCCGGACAGAGAUACUUUCUCAACCAUAUUGACCAGUCCACCACCUGGCAGGACCCACGCAAGGCCAUGAUGCAGAUGAACCAGACCUCCCCCAACAGUCCGGUGUCUGUGCAGCAGAACAUCAUGGCCUCCAGCUCUGGUACCCUUCCUGAAGGCUGGGAGCAGGCCAUCACCCCAGAGGGAGAAAUUUACUACAUUAAUCACAAGAACAAGACCACCUCAUGGCUGGACCCCCGACUCGACUCACGCUACAGCCUGAACCAGCAGCGGAUGAGCCAGAGCGCCCCCGGCAAGCCGGCCCAGGCCAUGCCGGCCAGUCCCCAGGGUGGGGGCCUGGGCAGCGGCGGCCAGCUGAGGCUCCAGCAGCUGCAGAUGGAGAAGGAGCGGCUGCGGCUGAAGCAGCAGGAGCUUCUCCGCCAGAGGCCCCAGGAACUGACUCUGCGUACGCAGCUGCCGAACAGCCUGGAGCAGGAAGGGGGCACCCAAAGCAGCGUCUCUCCCAGCAUGGCUCAGGAUGGCAGGACCAUGACGACCAACAGCUCUGAUCCCUUCCUGAAUAGCGGCACCUACCACUCGCGGGAUGAGAGCACGGACAGUGGUCUCAGCAUGAGCAGCUACAGCGUGCCGCGCACCCCCGAUGACUUCUUGAACAGCGUGGACGAGAUGGACACUGGGGACGCCCUAGGUCCCGCUUCCAUGGCGACACAGCCCAGCCGCUUCCCCGACUACCUGGACACCAUUCCGGGCACCAACGUGGACCUGGGCACGCUGGAGGGUGAGAGCAUGGCCGUGGAGGGCGAGGAGCUGAUGCCCAGCCUGCAGGAGGCCCUCAGCUCUGACAUCCUGAACGACAUGGAAUCCGUGCUUGCGGCCACCAAAAUCGACAAGGAGAGCUUCCUGACGUGGUUGUAGAGGGGUGUGGCCUGGUCCUGCCCCCCAUCCCCCAAUCCUGCCCUGCCAAGAGUCUUCCACCCAUGAACUGCUGCCAAUUUCACUCUGCGAUUCCUGGCGUUUUUUUUUUUAUUUUUAUUUUGUUUUUGAAACUUUUUAACCCUGCGUGUGGGUGAAGAGAUGAGACGAAGUAGUCUGUCGUGUGUGGUCUUACCGCGCGACCGACUGUUGACGUAUUUUUAUGCUUGGCCCAAGAGUUGACGCUGUUCCGAGCUCCCCAGGACCCUGAUCUGAGGUCCCCUCAAGUUGUUACCCAGGAGGAGCAGUGCUGAACUUCUGGUGGGGACUGUGGUCAGACUGCUGCUGUCACCGCGGUGACAUGCAAGACGUGGCGAAACGCAGAGAACUUUCUCCUCCAUAGCUUGUUAUUCACUCCUGUUUUCUGUAGUGUGUUUUUAAUGAGCCCGAGUAACCAAAAGUGAGCUUGACUGUGUACUGGCUUGGAAUGCUGCCCUCUGCUGGCGAAAUCAGUCAGUGCUGCUGCCCGGCCGCGCUCACAAGUAAACACUCCUCAGUCCUACCGAGAGGGACGUGCAGGGUGUGUGUGCAGCUUCGUAAAAUGGAAUGUUUCGUCGAACAAAAUCAGCUUAACUCUUGUACCCACUCUCAUUUUAAUCUCAAGUAUGUUUUUAAUGUUUUUUGUUUUUAUGUAUUAAUGGGGAUUUGGGUUUUUUUUUUUGUUCUUUAUAUUUCAGUCUUAUUUAAGCCUGAUAUGUUAGUGUAUUUUUUUUUUUUGUAGUCCCUCUCCCUCCCCAUUCCGACUUACCUCCCGUUUACACCAUGCAGUCUUCUUGGAAGUCGCAAUCACUUCUUCCUGUGGCCAAGGCACUUUGCUUCCCGAAAGGCUGUCAUUUCCCAGGAACCCAGCAGUGGGGGCUGCCCAGGUGCCCACCCCAGCCCUCCCGCGCUCACGGGGCCGUAAUGAAAGCUGCCAGUCGAUGGUCAGGACACAUUUCAGAUGGUCGAUUUCGCGGGAGAGGAUUGACUUCCAGCAACCAUAGCUGAACAGUGGGACCUUUUCGUGGGGGGGGGGGGGUAAAGCGUUUCUGGCGAGCUUUGAACCUGUCGCAGCUUCCAAAGAGUGUUAUCCUGCUUCCUGUCCCGGUUUAGGGCAGGCCAGUAGGUUACAGAAGGGUCUGGGUGUGGAUCGCACCGUGUCAUUCAGCAAGUUCAUGAAAUGUCUCUGUAAAUAUCCCUUUACAUUUAAAGGUAGAUUUUUUUUAUUUUUUAAAGAAAUUAGGAAUAGAAUGAACUAGGGCCUGGACCUCAUGCUAUAGAGUAUUCAUUGAUGAGAUGGUAUGUUUUUUUUUUUGGUGUAUUUGAGGAUGUGUUUGAGCAGUCCGGAUGGGAUAAGCUUGUGGAUGUGUUCAUUUUUAUGACUAUGUCUGAGGAGAGAUUUUCCUGCAAGUGUUUUAAUGCCGAUGUUUGGUUUGGAUACAGGAAGUGUGCAAUCAAACAUGCUAUCACUUUUCUAGAGCAAUCGAACAGUACAUUUUGCUUUGAGUGACAGUCGCAGUGCCCGCUUAUCCUUGUGAUGAGCAAUAAGCGCGUUUGGCGCACGCCGGUAACGCCUUUCCGGUGCGCGUGGUCGCAUCGAGCCCGAGUUGGAUGCGCUGCAGCCUGCCUGCCAUCAUUUCUCCUUUCAGAAGGUCUGCGAUGUGAGUCGAGGCGGUUGAAGGUAAGGCAGGUUGAAGGCAAACAAUGCAAGUUCAUCUUUUCUAAGCCAGUGGUACAACAGUGCCUACUUUGCACACCUCUGCAGACCUAAUUGCUGUUUUUAUCUUUUUUUUUUUUUAAAGUAUAGUAGUGUGUUAUUGUCAGACUAUAUAGUAAAAGGCAUACUAUUCCUAUGUAGUGAUAGUACUAAUCACACAAUUUAAUGGUUUGGUAUUGAGCUAUUUCUAAAUGCACAAGAAAGUUAUAUCUAGUAACAAUGAUCUGUUCAUCUUAGAUGUAUGUGCAUGUGUAUGAACCAUGAUUUGUUACGUUUCUUUAUAUUCUUUUUUUAAUUGCUCCGGAAUAAAGUAUAUACUUUGUGGUAA